CGGCAAAGGGAGGGCAGGUCGUCCGCGGAGCCCGUUGGAGUGUCUGGAGGGGCCGGUGCUGGUGCCGCGGGGAUGAACUUUGCCGUGGGCUUCAAGCCGAUGCUGGGGCCCUCGCAGAGCAUGGACAGCCUGGAGAAGCAGCUCAUCUGCCCCAUCUGCCUGGAGAUGUUCACCAAGCCGGUGGUGAUCCUGCCCUGCCAGCACAACCUGUGCCGGAAGUGUGCCAACGACAUCUUCCAGGCCUCCAACCCCCUGUGGCAAUCGCGCGGGUCCACGUCGGUGUCCUCCGGAGGCCGGUUCCGGUGCCCAUCCUGCCGGCACGAGGUGGUGCUGGACCGGCACGGCGUUUACGGCCUGCAGCGCAACCUCUUGGUGGAAAACAUCAUCGACAUCUACAAGCAGGAGUCGUCUCGGCCCCUCCAUGCCAAGGCGGAGCAGCAGCUGAUGUGUGAAGAGCAUGAGGAUGAGAAGAUCAACAUCUACUGCCUGAGCUGUGAGGCCCCCACCUGCUCCAUGUGCAAAGUCUUUGGCGCCCACAAGGACUGUGAAGUGGCGCCCCUCACCAACGUCUACAAGCGCCAGAAGGUACUGGGGGAGGGGAGCGGUCCUGCCCUGCCCCCUCCUUGUCGCCUGGCCCCCUCUCCCUGGCCUGGGCAGCUGGGGGCAGGGACGGCCUCCGAGGGGGGAGCAGCAGGCUCUUUGAUGAAGUCCCCCCCACUUUCUCUGCAGGGGGAGCUGAGUGAUGGCAUCGCCAUGCUGGUGGCAGGGAAUGACCGCAUCCAGGCCAUCGUCUCCCAGAUGGAGGAGAUCUGCAAGACCAUCGAGGAGAACGCGCGGCGCCAGAAGCAGCACCUCUGCCUCCGCUUCGACUCUUUGUACGGCAUCCUGGAGGAGCGCAAGAAGGAGCUGCUGCAGGAGGUCGGGCAGGAGCAGGAGGAGAAGGUCCAGCGGGUGCGGGGGCUCAUCCGCCAGUACGGCGACCACCUCGAGGUCUCCUCCAAGCUGGUUGAGUCAGCCAUCCAGUCCAUGGAGGAGCCCCAGAUGGCUGUCUACCUCCAGCAGUCGAAGGAGCUGAUCAAAAAGAUCACAGACAUGUCCAAGGUGUCCAUGAGCAGCCGGCCGGAGUCUGGCUAUGAAAACAUGGACCACUUCUCUGUUAAUGUGGAACACGUGGCUGAAAUGCUGAGAACAAUCGGAUUCCAUACAGAUACUGCUGGGGAGGAUGCUGAGCUUGAAGGACUUGGCCCAGAGGGGGCUGGUGAAGCAGGAGAGGCAGAGCACCUGGAAGGGCCGGACGCCCCCGAGGGGACAGAAGAUGGAGACAGCCUGCCUCGGAUCCGGCCCAAGCCGCCCGGUGGCUCCCAUGCUCAGCACUGAGGAGGCUCCGUCGAGGCACCAGGAGAAGCCCCCCCCCCGCUGCUCCACCCUCCGCAGCCCCCUCCCUACCCUGCCCUUCUCCGGGCGAAGCUCGCUCCUGCUGACCCCCGCUAUGAUCUCCGCCCCC